AGCAGCUGCGUCGGUCUGGGGGCCCUGAGAUCCCUGCUGGUGGGGGUCCAGGCCCAGCUGCACAUGCGCCUUUGUUUUUCUCUGUUUUGGUCACACACACCCUGCUGGUGUCAUGCAGUGUGUAGAUGAUCUCUCAGUGGUCACUAUAGUAGUGGGCUAAGGUGACUUUCUGUGUGGGAAUCGUACUCCAAGAUGCUUGGCACCUUACGCAUCCUGGUAAUUUUUGUAGUAUCGGUUCAGGGUAAACACCUUGAUCGGGGGUGUUACAGCAGGAAUGGGGAUUCGAACCUGGAUCUGGCCACAAGGUAACAGCUCUAACCAUCAGUCCACCUGCUGCUCUGAUUUCUUUACAGGGUCGACAUGAGGAGUUAAAAUGCCGUCUUCUUCACUCUGGACUGUUAUGUGUAGAGUGUCACUGGAAAGAAUGAUAAAUGAAUUAUUAAACAUGGAUUAUGGGAAGGCUGGUAGAGAGCUGUGACGCCAGUCAGCGUACGUACGGGCGAAGUUACUCUGCACCUACGCGCGCUGUCGUUGCGCUCUGUCCUGUCGGGAGGACGUGCGCGCUCUCGCGGAACGGGAUCGCCGCCGGCGAAGCGGGGCACGAGGGACUGCCUAGCGCGGGCGGCGAGGCGGAGCGCGGGACCUUCGGAGGAGUCGAAGCUCGAGGCGCGCGGCGCGUGACGAGUCUCCCGCUUCCCCGAGACUGUGGAGGAUAAUGAGGAGAUUCGCGGGAGGACCCGGAGUCUGAGGUGAAAGACCAUGAGCGACCACCAGGAGCAAAGCGAAGACAUCGGAACCAUGCCUCCCCAGGACCUCCCAGAUCCCCCUAAGGAGGAUGAACCCCAGAACAACCCCACCUUGAAGUACCAGCUAAUUGACGACCUGCCAUAUGAAGACGUCAAAAAAUGUUACCGCGAGUCUACAGUCACCAAAUACAACUCGCAGUACCACAAGCUGUUCCAGAAUGUUCCCAAGGAGGAGAUCCUUAUGAAAGUGUAUUCCUGUGCCCUCCUUCGGGACAUUCUUCUGCAGGGCCGCCUCUACAUCUCCAGGAACUGGCUGUGCUUCUAUGCCAACCUCUUUGGCAAGGACAUCAAGGCGGCCAUUCCUGUUGUAUCUGUGCGACUGGUAAAGAAACAUAAGACGGCUGGUCUGGUUCCAAACGGGUUGGCCAUUACCACAGACACGGGUCAAAAGUAUGUCUUUGUGUCCCUCCUGUCCCGGGACAGUGUGUAUGAUGUGCUGAGGAGGAUUUGCACACACCUACAGGUCAAUGGGAAGAAAAGCCUUGGAGUCAAGCAAUACAUGGAAGAACCAAGCUCCUUGUCCAUGGAUGAGUUCCCCACCACAGACGAGUUUCCGGUUGCACACGAGUUCCCACCGGUCCUAAAGUGGCGACGGAAACCGUCGGUCAGUGCUGUAUCAUCCUCUUUGCCAGACCUCCUGGGUAACUCAUCCAGCAGCCUGAGUGCCAUGGAUGGGCCAUUCCCUGCAGAAACGGUGCUCAAAGAAAGGGGUCUGGACAAGGAGAAGGCUCUCCUGGCUGAGCCAGUUCCCGAACUGGGCCAGAUGGAGUACCAGCUUCUCAAAUUCUUCAUCCUACUCAUUAUCCUGCUCAUCAUGUCCUCCUGUUACUUGGCUUUCCGUGUCUGCAGCCUGGAACAGCAACUGUCCUUCCUCAAUGCCAACCCCGGUCUGCCUGUGAGGAAAAGUCUGUCCUUUGCCAGGUAACCCUGGCACCGUGUCGAGUGUCCAUGAGAGAGCAGCGUUCAGCGCACGCAAAUCUGUUUGCCGUCGUUUCUAUUGCAGUCACACUCUACUCCUGUGCUGGAGCAGUUUCUUCCUUGGCAGUAGUAGCAUGAUGGGAGGAGGCCUGGAGGAGAACUCAUCCAUGGGCUAGUGAAACCGACAUGGCAAUUCUUGCUCCUCUCUGGAUGGGUGCAGUGACUUGACACACCCCCCUUCCCAAGUCUUGUGCAUCGAAAUUGACUGCGCACAGGCCCUUGUCAACUGGCCAUCAUCUGACCAUCAGCUGCUUUCUUCUGAAAGGAUGUCAGUUCCUGCUUGUCAGUCCCUGCUCUAGUACAAAUGGCCUUUAGUGUUUUUUAAUAUUCAUCUUCUAUAUUUUAUGCUUAUAGUCCUGGCACUGUGUGCCAGAUUUUCUGCUGGAGUGCAGCCUCUAAACGUCAGUAGUGGAAUGAGGAAUCUUCAUCUGCCGGCCAUGAACUGUGUCCAUCAGUUUUAUUCAGUAGGUACUGUGUGUACACCACUACUAGACCGCUAUAAUCCCCCGUUUUUCACCGUGGACCAGGCGAAGUUGUCUCCUCUUGACUGUAACCACUCGUCAAACAAUAUGGCCAUGCGAGACUUUCAGUCCUCCUUCUGAUACAUCUUCUCAAACCCCUUGGUCACUAUGGUACUAAUGUGUUUGCUCAAGUGGCAAACUCCUGUGAAUGUAAAAGAACUGCAAUGCCGAAUGUGUUUAAAGGGGGAACUUGCACCUCCAGUAAAGACGAUGGUUAUCUGUUUACCGGACCCCUUCAAAGUACACAAACUCUCCAUGGUGAAGAGAAUGUCAGUAAAGAUGAUGUGCAGUUGCUGUCUCCACUGCAGAAUAACUUUCUGAAAACUAAACUGAGUGAUCACGAGCAAAAUUGACUGAAUAAGAAGAGUGGUUAGCAAACUCCAUGUAAUCACACAAGACGGUAAUGUUAGAGGGAACCAUGUUGGCUGCGAAGCCCACAUGCAUUGGGGAUGUGAUAACAGUCUGUGGAACAGUGCUAAAGAGCAUCAGUCUAUUUGUUGGCGCACGUUGGGCUGUCAGUCAGGAGAGGGUACAUGUGCAAUGGAAGUACUUGAAACAGAAUCAGGCAUUUCAGUCUGGCACCAGUGGGCUGGAUGACAGUUCACUCCUAUUUUGCUUUAGAGAACUGACCUGCAUCCGCUGCGAGUGUUGAGUCACAUGUGAAGUUGAGGCACGGAGGUGGAGUGUUCAGCUACUUAUCUCUGUAUUUAUUUGUGUGAUUGCUUUUUACAUUAGGAAGAACUUUUUUUUGCAAAACCUAUCUGUCAGUCCACUUAAACUGUAAACCUAUGCAAUGACCACACCAGUAUAUAACUGUGAGAGGGUAGUAAUUAAUAAAGCGCUUAAUUGCCAUGCACUGUGAUUGGAUCAGAGUUCUGUCAUUUAGAAAUGAGAGGUCUGACCCCCCCCCCCCCCCCCCC